AUGGCUAAAGACACGCCGUCGAGGAGCCUUCAAAGUGCGGGCGCUCACAAUAUCCAAAAUAUCGUUCUCGGAGAUCUGCUUUUCAAGCCGUGGUACCAGUCCAUAUACCCAGAGGACUUAGUCCCCAAAGAUGCCGAAUACCUUUACGUAUGUCGUUGGUGUUUUCGAUAUUCCUGCGAUAGGGUUGCGUUUGCGACUCACACGCAUGCUUGUGCCUGUCGCACCAAUCCACCAGGCAUUAAAGUGUACGAGCAUGGUGGCUACGCUGUGUGGAAGGUCGACGGCGAGAACAACAAGCUUUACGGACAGAAUCUAUCCCUUUUUGCCAAGCUUUUCCUCGAUCACAAAACAGUCUUCUUCGAUGUCGCGACAUUUCUUUACUACAUCCUCACCUUCGCCGACCCCGCUAGCCCAGAAGACUAUCACGUGCUUGGUUUCUUCUCCAAAGAAAAGCUGUCUUGGGAUUCAAACAAUCUGGCGUGCAUUUGCAUUUUCCCACCGUACCAGCAUCAGCAACUGGGAAAACUUUUGAUGGGGGUGAGCUAUAAGUUGAGUGGAUGGGAAUAUCCAGGCGGGCACAUUGGAGGUCCAGAAAAACCCCUCAGUGAGUUAGGCCAGAAGAGCUACAAUCGCUUCUGGGCAGAGCGCAUUGCGCGGUUUGUCCUGUGUGGUAGGCGAAAUGGCAUGAAUGCCGAAGCAGAUGCCACAAAACCCCCGAGGCCUUCGCCGACAAAGGCCUCCAGAAAGAAACCCCCUCGGGAAUAUCUGUCUGUCGAGGAAAUUGGACAGGGUACAGGGAUGCUCACAGAAGACGUGAUCACAGCUUUGAAAAGCAUGGGUGUGAUACGACCUGACACAACACCGAAGAAGAGGAAGCUUGCUAGACUCAUGGGUGACGAGGAGCCCAGAGAAGUUCCGAGAGUCGCGAUCCAUAAAGCAGAUGUAUGGGAAUGGGCAAAAGCACACUCGCUUUCGCUUGAAGACCCAGUGAAGGAUGAAGGGUUUUCCACUGGUUAUCCGGCCGUAUUGGUCUCAGAAUCUGACGACAGUACGUCGCAAGACGGAUGA